GCCUCCAUUUCCCGGCGUGCGGCGCGGGCGCGGGGCAGGAAGUCCCGUGCGCGUGAGUCAGGGGCGGCCGGGCGGCCGCUGCCCGGGUCGGCGGCGAUGGCGCUGGAGACCCUCUCCCCGGACUGGGAGUUUGACCGCCUCGACGACGGCUCACAGAAAAUUCAUGCUGAAGUGCAGUUGAAGAGCUAUGGAAAAUUUCUUGAGGCAUAUACAUCUCAGCUGAAAAGAAUUGAAGAUGCUUUGGAUGACUCUGUUGGAGAUGUUUGGGACUUCAGUCUUGAUCCCAUUGCUUUAAAGCUUUUGCCAUAUGAACAGUCCUCCCUACUGGAACUCAUAAAGACAGAAAACAAGGUUCUAAACAAAGUUAUAACAGUGUAUGCUGCUCUUUGCUGUGAAAUCAAGAAGUUAAAAUAUGAGGCAGAAACUAAAUUUUAUAAUGGCCUCCUGUUUUAUGGAGAAGGAGCCACAGAUUCCAGCAUGGUGGAGGGAGAUUGCCAAAUACAGAUGGGAAGAUUUGUUUCUUUCUUGCAGGAGCUGUCUUGCUUUGUUACCCGAUGUUAUGAAGUGGUGGUGAAUGUAGUGCAUCAGCUGGCUGUUCUGUAUACCAGCAACAAGAAUGCACCUAAAAUUAUAGAGACAUCUGGAGUUCAUUUUCAGUCAAUGUAUGAGCAUCUAGGAGAGUUGCUCACAAUCUUGAUCACUCUGGAUGAAAUAAUUGACAAUCAUGCCACACUGAAAGAUCACUGGACCAUGUACAAGAGGCUGCUAAAAUCUGUCCAUCACAACCCUUCUAAGUUUGGGAUUCAAGAAGAUAAACUAAAGCCAUUUGAAAAACUGCUGUUAAAACUGGAAUGCCAGUUACUUGAUGGAAUGAUAUUUCAGGCCUGUAUAGAGCAACAAUUUGAUUCUUUAAAUGGUGGAGUGUCUGUGUCAAAGAACAGCACAUUUGCUGAAGAAUUUGCUCAUAUUCUUCGUACAUCUUUCUCAAAUGUCGAAGCCAAACUUGGUGAACCUUCAGAAAUUGACCAGAGAGAUAAAUAUGUGGGCAUCUGUGGCCUCUUUGUAUUGCAUUUUCAGAUUUUUCGGACUGUAGACAAGAAAUUUUAUAAGUCAUUGUUGGAUGUCUGUAAGAAGGUACCAGCCAUUACAUUAACAGCUAACAUUAUCUGGUUUGCUGACAAUUUUCUGAUUCAGAAGAUUCCAGCUGCUGCCAAACUACUGGACAAGAAAAGUAUUCAUACAGUUAAAACACAAAGGGAGAACUUUCUACAGCAGAGGGCACAGUCACUUACCAAAGAUAUGCAGUCAUAUUAUGUUUUUGUGAGCUCGUGGAUGACAAAAAUGGAAUCUAUCUUGUCCAAGGAGCAGCGCACAACAAAGUUUUCUGAAGAUCUUUCUAACCGCUGCAAUGUCUUCAUCCAGGGUUUUCUUUAUGCAUACAGUCUUAGCACCAUCAUUAAAACAACAAUGAAUCUUUACAUGUCAAUGCAAAAACCUAUGACCAAAACCUCAGUAAAAGCCUUGUGCAGACUUGUGGAGCUUCUGAAGGCAAUAGAACAUAUGUUUUACCGAAGAAGCAUGGUUGUGGCAGACUCUGUGACGCACAUCACUCAGCAUCUGCAGUAUCAGGCUCUUCUCUCCAUCUCUGUGGCCAAGAAAAGGGUGGUUUCUGAUAGAAAGUACAGUGAGCAGCGCCUGGAUGUCCUCUCUGCUUUGGUGUUGGCUGAGAACACCCUCAAUGGGCCAAGCACAAAACAGAGGCGACUGAUUGUUUCCCUUGCGCUGAGUGUGGGAACGCAGAUGAAAACAUUUAAAGAUGAAGAACUUAUUCCCCUUCAGUUAGUUCUGAAAAAACUGGACUUGAUCAGUGAACUUACAGAGAGAGUUCGAGCACAAUGUGACUGUUGUUUCUUAUACUGGCAUCGAGCUGUCUUUCCAAUCUAUUUAGAUGAUGUCUAUGAAAAUGCAGUGGAUUCUGCUAGACUACAUUAUAUGUUUAGUGCAUUACGGGACUGUGUACCUGCUAUGAUGUAUGCAAGACACUUGGAAUCUUAUGAGGUGCUUCUGGAAUGCUAUGACAAAGAAAUCAUGGAAGUGCUCAAUGAGCACUUGCUGGACAAAUUGUGUAAAGAGAUAGAAAAGGACCUGCGCUUAUCAGUUCACACUCACCUGAAGCUAGACGACAGAAACCCCUUCAGAGCUGGUAUGAAGGACCUGGCUCACUUCUUCUUUCUGAACCCAAUACGUUUUUUCAAUCGGUUCAUUGACAUAAAAGCUUAUGUAACUCAUUAUUUGGACAAGACCUUCUACAACUUAACAACCGUAGCACUUCACGACUGGGCCACCUACAGCGAGAUGAGAAAUUUGGCAACCCAGCGCUAUGGUUUAAGUAUGACUGAGGCUCACCUUCCCAGCCAGACUCUGGAGCAGGGUCUGGAUGUUUUGGAAAUCAUGAGAAAUAUUCAUGUUUUUGUAUCCCGCUACCUCUACAAUUUGAAUAAUCAGAUCUUCAUUGAAAGAACAAGUAAUAACAAACACUUAAACACCAUCAAUAUCCGACACAUCGCUAACUCAAUUCGAACUCAUGGAACGGGAAUCAUGAACACAACAGUAAAUUUCACUUACCAGUUCUUGAGGAAAAAGUUUUACAUUUUUAGCCAGUUCAUGUAUGAUGAACAUAUCAAAUCCAGACUUAUCAAAGACAUCAGAUUCUUCAGGGAAGUCAAGGAUCAAAAUGAUCACAAGUAUCCCUUUGAAAGAGCAGAUAAAUUCAACCGUGGCAUCAGAAAACUUGGAAUAACUCCAGAUGGCCAGAGCUAUCUUGACCAGUUCAGACAACUCAUAAGUCAAAUUGGCAACGCUUUGGGUUAUGUACGAAUGAUAAGAUCUGGUGGACUUCACUGCUGCAGUAGUGCCAUUAGGUUUGUUCCUGAUCUGGAAGAUAUUGUUAACUUUGAAGAGCUGGUGAAAGAAGAAGGACUCUCAGAAGAAACAAAAAAAGCAGCAAGGCAGCUGGACUCUGUGCUGAGUGACCUGACCCGAAACUUUGCAGAGGGAACAGAGUACUUCAAAAUGCUGGUGGAUGUGUUUGCCCCCGAGUUCCGCAGCACGAAGAACAUGCACUUGCGGAACUUCUACAUCAUUGUUCCUCCCCUGACCCUCAAUUUUGUGGAGCAUUCAAUCAGUUGCAAGGAGAAGUUGAAUAAGAAGAACAAAAGUGGAGCAGCUUUCACUGAUGAUGGGUUUGCCAUGGGUGUGGCUUACAUUCUGAAGCUUUUGGAUCAGUACCAGGAGUUUGAUUCUCUGCACUGGUUCCAGUCUGUUAGAGAGAAGUAUGUGAAGGAAAUAAGAGCAGUAGCUAAGCAACAGAACGUACAGUCCACUAAUCAAGAUGAAAAGCUACUACAGACUAUGAACCUUACCCACAAGCGACUGGAAGUUUGUUUACAGGAAUUUGAACUCCUAUAUUUCUCACUAAGUAGUGCAAGAAUUUUUUUCAGAGCAGAUAAAACUGCAGCAGAAGAAAGCCAGGAAAAGAAAGAAAAAGAAGAAGAAUCUGGUAAAGCAAGCAAUGGAGAUCUUUCCAACACUACACCUGCAGAGCCUGUUGUGAAAUGACAUGGCUGGUCUGAUUUGCAUCCACAGAAGUAAGGAAAUCCAGAGCCAAGACAGAACCACAAUCAGCUCUUUCUUUCAUGACCAGACACUGUGAUGAGUGUCUGUAACUAUUAAGUGAUCUUACAGUUCAUGGACAUGUUGCGCCUAAUUGCAAGUUUCUGCCUCAAUUCUGUAUUUCGUAGCCUUUGUAGGUCUGUUGUACUGUGUGUUGUUCAUAUAGUCUUACAUGCCUGAUUAUUAACAAUAAUUGCACUGCAGGCUCAGAAGCUGCUGAACACUGUGAGAACUCUUAUUUUAACAUCUGUCCAUGCCUGCAAGUAGAGGUUCUAGAUUGUGCAAGAAUUACUUGGAUUCCUAACUUAAGUAGCUAGAGUUAACUUAAAAGAAAACACCACCUUCGUUAAAGUAUACAGGUGUGUUUUAAUCUCCCAGAACAUUAACACCCUUCUAGUUCUUACCAACCAGAAUAUACUACUCCAGUCAGUCCAGCUGAGGGAACUACCCUUGGUGGGGGAUUUUUUGGCACUCUUAAACUGUAUUUUUAGACCAAACUUUCUUUAAUGUUUUUUUUAAUGGUUCACAUUGUUCCACCCACUCUUGGGUCAUUGGUUCAAACAAUUCCUGACGUACUUCUCAUUCGCCCUUUCCUGCCAGUUACUUCAACAUUCAGACAGCAAGGAUGAAUGUUUUGUCGCAACUGGAAAGACCAGACUGAUACGAACGUUCCAUUUGUUGGUUCUGAGAACAUGACACACAAGCUUCAUGGACUGUUAAAAUCAGCUGGGCUCAUUAAAGUUUUUAUUUUUUGUUCAUUAUAACUGCCCUAAAGAAUGCUGCAUUACUUGAUUUAUAUUUUUGCUUUUUUACUUUGAUACAGGGUUUUUUUUUAAUUUGUGUACACUUUUUUGACCAAACUGCGCCCACACUGAAUGCUCAGUAGCAUUGCUGAGAUCAGCAUUCUUGCUGCUGCUUCCCAUCCUGCUGCAGUUGCUGUGCACAUGCUUCCACAUCCCCAUCUCUGCUAAAGUCACCCAAGUGGAAUGGAAUGUGGAGUGGAAUGGAGUGGAAUUUGUGGAGUGGAAUGGCUAAGUGCUGCAUUUCCUUCUUCCACAGCAAUGGCAGAAUCACCCACACAUGAUGUUGCUUUCCCCAGGAUGGCCUUGCUAGGGAGCUGUGUGCAGUCAAUACACAGCUUACACUCUAGCCUGCACUUGUAUUUUCCCU